AUGGCGGUCAUCUCUGCUGCAACAGAGUUCUCCAUACCAAUCGAUUACAGUCUGGCGGCUACUUUCUACUGCCUCCAUGCAAGCGACAACAUUAAGCCUGUCAACUAUCCGAAAAAGAACAAUACUUCUGAAGUGUCGAAGCCAAGUGAGACCGUUGUAGAGACACUUGAAAACGUGAACGAGGAUGUCGUGCAAGUGCCACGUCUGCGACUAAGUGAACUCAACUGGAAGAACCGUGCCCGGUUUUUGGAGAUGAUGGAGCGUCACUCGUUCGUAGUGCUUACAGAACUUGGUGAGAUGCUGGAACACAUUCACGACCAAGUACUCCAGAACUUGGAAACGUUCUUCACAAGCGACGACGAAGGCUGGAAAAACAGGUGCACCAGCAAAUACAUCUAUCGCAAUGAGCACGGCAAACCUUUCUGGUAUGCUGGAUACGAGCAUACGAGUGUACGAGACUGCUUCCGCGUGGCCUGUGGAGACAUGUCGCGGCUUGUGUGGCCAUCGCCCGAGUUUCAAACUAAUUGGCUAUUGCUGCAGCGCCGCAUGCAGCGAAUUUGCGACCGUGCGUUGAGCUUGACUUUAGGUUACGAUAUUGAGCCUUGCCAUGUACGCUUGGACAAGGACUUCUCCGUCUGCUACGGACUGCACUACCCGAACAUUGAAGGAAGCGGCCAAUCCGCAACGGAAAAUGUUUUUGAGCAUGUGGAUCCGAGUCUGUACGUGGUGGAACCUGUGCCCAGUGUGGAAGGAUUAGAUGUGUAUGAUUCACAUUCAAAGCAGUGGCUCAAGACUGAGAAGCUUUGUGUUCCUGGUAAGGAGAUGGUACUCUUCGGUGGUCACGCCUUAAAUCAAACCACGCAAGGCCGCAUCCCAGGAACGCUACAUCGCGUUCGUCGGACCCCAGGCCGGCGAUUCUGUAUCAUUUACGAGCAAAAGUAUGAGGAGUACUUCCUGUGA